AUGACUACCGGAGUCUCCCCGUUGAGCUCUCCACGCCUCCCCAGCCCUCCUCCUUUUACAGAAGUCCAGAUCGGGCCCCAGUCGCCUUCUGUUGGUGAGACAUUUGGAAAGGAUGCGGAUCAGAUCUUAGGUGUGCCGGCGCAGGAUGAUGCCUCGACGCGCAGGAUUCGACCGGGCAGCAAAGCGGUUAAUAUGGCAUUCGGUCCACCACUGAUUCCAUUGUCGCAGCACCUCAAAGCCCUGUACCACCACUUUACGAAACCCGAAGGAUCGGACACGGUGGUCCCGAUUAACCGCCAAGUCGCGAUCGAGCUCGCGGAACCACCAGAGGGAGUUGACCGGUCCCUCUGGCUUUACGAACUUUGCCGAUUCCUCACGAUGAAAGUUAAUAAUCUGCUCAUUGCGUUUUUUGCUGAGGAUCCGCCUUGCUCGGCGCAGACCUGCCCGGAGAUGCGCGCAUCGGAGUGGCAAUAUCUUUGCGCUGUCCACGAGCCUCCUAAAUCCUGCUGCGCUAUCGAUUACUGCUGCCAUACUCUCGACUGGGCCACAAACACCCUAACUUCGCCAAAGAACUUCCCCAGCCGAUUGACAUUAGGCUCCGAGACCGCCGGCGGACCGCAGGCAAGCAUGAGGCAUCUCACCAACAUCUUCCGCCGUCUGUACCGUAUCUUCGCACACGCUUGGUUUCAGCACAGAAAUGUUUUCUGGGAGGUUGAGGGCAAUGACGGCCUCUAUGUCUUUUUCAAGACCGUUUGCGACAUGUACAACCUCAUUCCGGAGGAUAAUUACACCAUUCCUGCGGAGGCGGAAGGGCUAGAUGCUACUGAGCCUCAAGGAGUGGCCGAGCCGGUUGAGAGCAAGCGUCUGACAAUUUUGCGCAAGGAUGGUGAAAGUCCUUUCGGCUCACUGGAGAACAUGGCUCCCCCCACUCGAUACCGGCGCCACCACACGACGACACAAGCACAUUUGAGGGACUCCCCCGAGCCCCGGCCCCAGUCACCCGUCAAGGCCGAGAUCGAGGCCGAAAUCGCCGCCGAAGAGACAGCAGAGACCCCCAUUGAAGCGACCGAGUCUGUCCCUGCUGAUGGGGUUGAGGUCCAAGAACCAACGGAAUCGCCUGUAGAAACGGAGCAAACUGCCGAACAACCCAUCGAAGACGGCUCAGAGAAAGAUGCGGAGCAGUCGCAUAUCCAAGAAAGCGAAGAGACCGAAACCCCAGAAUCUACCGAAAAGGCCCCCGAGGGCGACGAUGUGACGACCCCUUCCGUUAACCGGGAGGCCAAAGAAGAAACAGAGACGAAAACCGAUACUGAGGCUAAGUCUGAAGCUGAAUCUGAAGCUACAGCCGAAGCCGAGUCGAAGACGGAAUCGUAG